CUGCGAAUGAUGCUCAUAGCCGGUUCGGACUCUGUUCAGCUUAUUGGCAGACUAUUCGACGACGCAAAACAGAAAUUGAUAGGGUUCAUCAUGCCAUACGAGCAGGCUCUUGCGCCAGGAGUUAAUAUCGGGGGUGAACCCGGUGAAAGGGCGAAGUUUUCGAAUGAGGAGAAGAGAGAGAUCAUAGAUAAACUCUGUCGCCUUAUCAAAAGGCUCCAGGCCAGGCAAAUUAUCCACGGCGACGUCAAACCAUCUAAUCUCCUUCUUUGCUCUGAUGGACAAGUCCGACUUUGUGAUUGGGCUCUGGGAUCUGUAAAUGGGGAUAACUUUAUUGCUUACGCCGUGUCUGACCAUUACGCUUCUUCUCGACGAUGUUGCCUUCCGCAAGAACCUCUUGCUCUGGAGGAAGAUCUAUACGCCACGGGUGUCUCAAUCUGGGAAAUAUGGAUGGAGAAGGUACCGUUCGAGGAAGUGGAGGAGGAUAUAGUAGAUGAACUGGUCAUGGGAGGGAUCAGACCAGAUGUACAAGCGGUGGAUGACCCCGAAAUCGCGGCCCUCAUUGAAUCGUUUCUUGAUGCAGGUCCU